AUGCUGGCGCGCGGAGGCAGGCCGAACGCGUACACGUUCCCGCCCUUGCUCAAGGCAGUGGCGGCCGAGCGGGGCGCCGUCAUCGCGCCGGCUGUUGGAGGCGCCGUCCACGCGCACGUGGUCAAGUUCGGGAUGGAGCUCAACGCCCACGUCGCGAGCUCGCUGGUCCUCAUGUAUGCGGCCAGGGGCGAUAAUCUGACUGCACGUGCGCUGCUGGAUGCGUGGCCCGCGAGAGGUGGAGGCACGCCCGUGGUGUGGAACGCCCUUAUCUCCGGCUGCAAGAGAAGCAGGCAGCUCAGAAUGUCAUGCUGCUAUUUCGUGGAUAUGGUGAGGGCUGGCGUUGCGCGGACGCUGGUCACUUACAUCACGGUGCUGUCAGCCUGCGGGAAAGGCGAUGACAUCCUGCUCGGAAUGCAGCUGCACAAGUGCAUCGUGGCGAGCGGGGUGCUGCCUGACCUCAAGGUGGAGAAUGCUCUCGUUGAUAUGUACGCCGAGUGUGGCGAGAUGGAAGCAGCCUGGCAGUUGUUUGAGGGCAUGCAGGUGAGGGAUAUGGUUUCCUGGACGUCAGUUAUAUCUGGGUUUGUAAGACUAGGUCAGGUUGAUCGAGCCAGAGUAUUGUUUGAUCAAAUGCCUGAGAGGGACACCGUUUCAUGGACUGCGAUGAUCGAUGGUUAUGUGCAGACUGGACGGUUUAGAGAGGCACUGGAGAUUUUUCGUGAGAUGCAGUUUAGCAAGGUGAUGGCAGAUGAGUUCACCAUGGUCAGCGUAGUCACGGCGUGCGCGCAGCUUGGUGCUUUGGAGACAGGGGAAUGGGCAAGGGUUUACAUGAGCAGGCAUGGGAUCAAGAUGGAUACUUUCGUUGGCAAUGCACUUAUACACAUGUAUUCAAAGUGUGGGAGCAUUGAGCGGGCAUUGGGCGUGUUCAAAGAGAUGCACAGUAGAGAUAAGUUUACUUGGACCGCUAUCAUACUUGGUCUUGCUGUGAAUGGCCAUGGUGAACAGGCUAUCCAUAUGUUUUACAAGAUGCUUAGGGCGUUUGAAGCUCCGGAUGAAGUGACAUUUGUUGGUGUUCUAACUGCCUGCACUCAUGCUGGCUUGGUUGACAAAGGCCGAGACUUCUUUCUCAGCAUGGUAGGGACCUACGGGGUUGCUCCUAAUGUGAUGCAUUAUGGAUGCAUAAUCGACCUCCUAGGCCGAGCUGGGAAACUAACAGAGGCACUGGAAACAAUUGGUAAAAUGCCCAUGAGACCCAACUGUGCAAUUUGGGGGACCCUGCUGGCAGCUUGUAGGGUUCAUGGUAACUCAGAGAUAGGUGAAUUGGCAGCACAGAAUCUCCUCGAGUUGGAUCCAGAGAACAACAUGGCUUACAUUCUUUUGUCCAAUCUGUAUGCAAAGUCUAAUAGAUGGGAAGAUGUCCGGCGGCUUAGGCAGGUAAUAAUGGAGAAAGGAAUCAAGAAAGAACCUGGUUGCAGUCUGAUUGAAAUGAAUGGCACACUUCACGAAUUUGUAGCUGGUGAUAGAUCUCAUCCUAUGAGCAUAGAAAUCUAUUCCAAAUUGGACAAGGUACUCACGGACUUGAAGAAUGCUGGGUAUGUGCCUGAUGUAACAGAGGUAUUUGUUCAAGUUACAGAAGAAGAAAAACAGAAAGUUCUUUAUUGGCACAGCGAAAAGUUGGCAGUUGCCUUUGCACUACUCAGUUCAGAAUCUUGUUCAACCAUAAGGAUCGUGAAAAACUUGAGGAUGUGUUUGGAUUGCCAUAAUGCAAUUAAAUUGAUCUCCAAGUUAUAUAUGCGAGAGGUUGUCGUGAGGGACAGGACACGCUUCCAUCAUUUUAGACAUGGACUCUGUUCUUGUAAGGACUACUGGUAA